GAAUGGCGCGCAUACGAGCUGAUAUUUUUCGUCCUACUUGGAGUUCUUGGAGUGCGUACCUCGGUUCUCUUGGAGGAUGGUUCAUUAAACGAGGUUUCACUGAACUACCGCUGGAGUCGCGACGUUCGUGGCGGAACGCGGUUAAAGGUGCAUCCAGUUGCAGAAGUCAUUCUUGCGAGCAUCGCGUUUAAAAAAACGCAAGUUUCCGGCUGGGAUUUUAUACCUGCCCUCGGAGUAGGCGCAUGCGCUGGACGGAUUGUUGGCAUUGCGGUGCAAUGGCUCCAGUACCAUUACCCGAACAGCGCCGUAUUUGAUGUAUGCGAGGGCGACGUGGAUUGCGUCGUGCCUGGCCUUUCCGCAAUGAUGAAAGAUGCAGCAGCCUUGUCUGGCGUCACUAGAACAACGGCGUCAUUAGCGGUCAUGAUGUUCGAGCUGACCGGUACCCUCACCUAUGCCGUUCCUGUUAUGCUGUCUGUUCUCGUUGCCAAGACUCUCCUGAUGCUUUUCACGGGCUAUCUUUCCGCGAAUACAUGCUAA